AUGGGAUCAUAGUGUAAUAAUUGUAAUUGCGAAAGGAGAAAUAUGUAGAUAUUGAGAAAGCAGUAACUAAAGAUCUCUCAUUAUAUACUUUUAGGAAUAUGUAGUCGCUGUUGCUACAUCUUCUUAAAAAUCAACAUCAAAGACAAUUUAAAAAAAUAGAAUGGCAACUAUCAUUUAGAAAUAUUGGAGGGGUUAUUUUGUUAGGAAAAGACUGAUUUACUAAAAAAUAAUAGAAUCAAUUCCUAAAAAAAGUAUUAACACCCAUGAAAUUGUUCUACAGGAAUAAUUUGAAUCUGGAAUAUCAAUUAACCAAGAUGAAUUCUAGAGAGAAAGGCGAUAACCUUAUUAGUACAUAUAUAAAAUUAUAAGAUUCAAAGGAGGGGCAGUUUAUACAGGAGAAUGGAAAGGAUAAGCAAGAGAUGGAAUAGGUAUAUAAGUAUGGCCAGAUGGAGCAAAAUACGAAGGAGAAUGGAAACAUAAUAAAGCUUAAGGAAAAGGAAAAUUUACACAUUCAAAUGGCGAUACUUAUGAUGGGGAUUGGGAGAAUGAUAUGGCAAAUGGUUAUGGAACCUAUUAGCAUAUGGAUGGAGCAAAAUAUGAAGGAUAAUGGUUCAAUGAUAAAUAACAUGGAUACGGUUUCGAAGUUUGGCCGGAUGGGUCAUCUUAUCAAGGAUUCUUUUAAAACAGUUUUAAGCAUGGAAAAGGUAAAUUAUAGUCUUAAAUAAGGCAAAUACAUAUGGCCAACAGGAUAAUAUUAUGAAGGAGACUGGGUUUAUAACAAAUUAUGUGGUUAUGGUGUUCUAGUUUGGCCGGAUGGUAGAAAAUAUGAAGGGGAGUUCUAAAAUAAAAAUAUGCAUGGUAAAGGAACCUAUACUUGGCCAGAUGGGAGAAAAUAUUACGGUUAAUACUUUAAUGAUUAAAAGCAUGUAAAUUUACCAAUUAAUCAAGGGUUAUGGAAUUUAUGAAUGGAAUGAUGGUAGGAGAUAUGAAGGAGAAUGGGAGUAUGGAAAAUAGCACGGAAGAGGACUCUACAUUGUUGGAGAACUUGAAAGGACAGGAGAAUGGCUAAAUGGAAAACGCAUUAGAUGGGAUGAUGAGAAGAAAACACAUUAUAAAAAAUGA